AUGUCGUCCUUCUUCGGGCACGGUGCGCACGACCCAUCCCGACGGCCAAGCGGCGGCACCAACGGACGACCCCCUCCUCUACCUCCACGACAGUCCAGCCCCGUCUCAACGACGGGCCGCCGCCUUCCUCCUCCUCUCCCGCCUGGGCCUAAGCCUGCUCUACCCGAUCAGCGGCGAAGACUACCUCCUCCCGUCCCCCCAGCUGUGCCCGCUGUUCCCCCAAUGCCCACGGCUACACUUUCGGCCCCCCCGCCAGUCCCCGCUCCGCCAACACGCAUGUCCCCGCCAAAACCUCCCGCGCUGCUCACGAGCAUAGGACCCCUUCCGACCCCUCCAAACUUCAACACAGGCUACACAGGAAACGGGGGCAACUAUGGUCCGCCGCCCAUCCCUCCACGAAUCGGCACGCAGAGCGCACAGAGCGCUGGGCCUGGAUCUGGGUCGCAAGCCCCCGAAGCCUCCAAUCCACCGCCCCUUGCCCAGAACAAUGUCAACAAUCAGAUCCACCACAUUCAGGCUCCUCAGGUCCAACCCGGGCACAUCGGGUAUCCGGCACAGGUCCACCAGGUCCAGCCUGUCCAGCCUGUUCCUCUUGUUCAGCCUGAUCACUCAACACAGCAUCAGCUAUAUGACCAGCCCAGCCAGGCAAGCCAGCCAGCGGGGCACAUCGAGCCAGUGCAGCAGCAACACAACUGGGAAGCAGUAGAGGACGGAGAUCCAGACGAGCCCCCGCCGCCGCCGUACUCCGAGACAGCCGCGAAUGGGGAGCAAUCGUUGAAUGAGCUGCACGACACCUCGCCGCAGGCUCCUCAAUCUCCGCAUGUCCCGGUUGUCCCAACUCCCCAGCCCGCUACGCAGACCUUCCCAACCCCUCACCUCGCCCCAGUCACCCAUGCCCCUCAGUUCUACCACGAUCCUCUGUCACCGCAUUCCCCAAAUGUCCAAUCGCCCAUCUCGCCGAUUCAGCCAGUACACCACUUUGGAGGCAUGACUCAGCCCUUGCCGCCCGUUCCGCAACUCGGUCAGGCGCAACAAGGACAGCCAGAGGGGAGACGGCUGGGGUACCUCAACUCCGCGAACAGGCAGCAGCAUUGGUCGGAGUCGCUGCCGCCUAUUGACAGGAGAUAG